CACCAUGACCUAUCUUACCGGCAGACCCCUCAACUGGGCCAUCACUGCCACGGCAGGAUCAGGCUUUCUCCUGUUCGGUUAUGACCAGGGUGUUAUGUCAGGUCUGCUCACUGGCACUGCAUUCACACAGACCUUUCCGGAGAUAGACACCGCGAAUGGCGGCGGCGGCAGCUCCUCACUCCAAGGCACUGUUGUAGCCAUCUACGAGAUUGGUUGCUUCUUCGGCGCUAUUUUUUGCUUUCUCUUCGGAGAGAGGCUGGGCAGAAGAAAAUGCAUUCUGCUCGGGUGCGUUAUCCUUAGCAUCGGCGCUGCGCUUCAAGCUGCGUCAUUUGGCAUUCCCCAAAUGAUUGUUGGCCGCAUUGUGGCAGGACUGGGCAAUGGCAUGAACACCAGUACUAUUCCUGUCUGGCACUCGGAGCUCAUGAAAGCCAACGAUCGCGGCCGAGGACUCUGCAUUGAACUCGCUAUCAACAUCUUCGGCGUUAUGCUCGCAUACUGGGUCGACUACGGCAUGAGUUUCGUGUCGAACGAUGCGCAAUUUCGCUUUCCUCUUGCGCUGCAGAUAUUGUUCGCCAUUGUCACGUUUGUAGGCGUUUGCUUCCUGCCCGAGUCGCCGCGAUGGCUCAUCGCACAUGAUCGUCACGAAGAGGCAAAGCACAUUCUAUGGGCAGUAGAGAAGGACGCCCGCACCCUCGAUCCGGACGAUGAGAGUCUCAAACGUGAUCUUGCUCACAUUCAACACGCAGUGGCGGAAGAACGUGCAGCCGCUGCUGGAGGAAGUUUCAAGACAAUGUUGAAAAACGGGGAACAGAAAUUCCUUCACAGAACUUUGCUCGGUAUUGGCGGCCAGUUCAUGCAACAGCUAUCUGGUAUCAACCUCAUCACCUAUUACGCUCCGGUUAUCUUCCAACAGUCCGUGGGCAUAACGCGUGAUCUGUCGCUGUUGCUUGCUGGGUUCAACGGCAUCGCCUACUUCUUGUCUUCGUUGAUACCUAUCUGGAUCAUCGAUCGACUAGGCCGGCGAAAACUUAUGCUUUUCGCCGCUGGUGGCCAGGCUACCUGCAUGGCCGUGCUUGCGGGUACUGUUGCGAAUGGAUCCAAGGGCGCGGGAAUCGUGGCCAUCGUCAUGCUCUUCCUCUUCAACUUCUUCUUCGCUGUGGGACUCCUUGCCAUUCCAUGGCUUCUACCCGCUGAAUACGCGCCGCUCGCCAUUCGUACCCGUGCUGCCUCCCUCGCGACGGCAUCGAACUGGAUCUUUACGUUCCUUGUUGUGGAAAUCACUCCAGUCAGCAUCAACAGUAUCGGAUGGCGCACCUAUGUUUACUUUGCCGUCUUCAAUGCUUUCUUCUUGCCGCUUAUCUAUUUCUUCUACCCAGAGACUUGUGGACUGUCGCUUGAGAACAUUGACAGAUUGUUCACUGGAGGCAAGGUGACGAUGCAUUGGAAGGAGAGCUGGGGGGAGCCCGGCGACUUGGCAAGGUUGACUGGAGUUGAUGCCGAGAAAGAGUCCAACGUCCAGAUGACUGAGGUGACGAGGCAGGGUUGAGGCAAGAAGCUCCGAGAUUUUCUGACGCCUUGUGUUGGGUAACGUGUGUAAAUCAAGG